CGAUAUCUUGCGUGCCGAUUGAAUCCAAUGGUAUGGCGAUGCUUGUGGGCGGCAGCUCUGUUCGUCCUGCCUGUGAUACUCACAGCUCAAGAGCUGCAGUCGCCGAUCAAACUAAGCAGCGACGUCCCGUACGUUCUCAACCGAGAUGGCGCCUUGCUCUCGUUUGCUGCAGCAUCCGCUCAACCGUUGGCGACGUCGACAGCGACCACCACGACCCUCGUUACAUCGUGGUCGACUCCACCGCUGUAUGUCUCGCUGGACAAUGGAGCUGCGACGCAUGCCGCCAUCCAAUGCCAUUUUCAUCGUCCCAGCGAACACUGGCUCAACGGAAGGCAGUACCCGUUUGAACUCCAUAUUGUUUUGGCGAAUCCUGCCAACCACAGCCACGUCACCGCCGUUGUCGCUGUUCUCUUUGACGUGGACCACGUGCCACACCCUUUCCUAGCACAGUUGUGGCCACACCUGAAAUAUGGUCACGAUCCACGGCACGGAAGCCUCCAUGUGGAUCUGUCGUCGCUGCGUCUACAUGCGCAGUCGUUGUUCCUCCGAUAUGUUGGGUCGCUCACGACGGCACCGUUCACCGAAGGCAUCGAAUGGAUAAUUCAUCACCAAGUGCAAUCAAUGUCGCUCGCUCAAUGGACCGAGUACACUGCCGUGUUCCCGCUGCCGAAUGCAAGACCUCUCCAACCUCGUUACGAUCGGCAAGUUCAGUUGAUUGGCCCGCGAAACUAUGUGAUGGAUCGCACCGUCACCAAGUAAAAAUACACGUACCGGGCAAUCGCACUGUCGUCUUCGCAUCCACUGAAUCGCACGCUUCAUGCUAUCGUGCAUGUCUCUCGACAAUGGCUUGUUGCCGGGCCGACGGCAAGACGUGUUGCAACAAAACUCGUCCAGCCACAUCGGCGGG